CGAUGCGAAGCUCGAAGCAAAUUUAAUUUAGCUCAUCACAGUAAAGGCAGGUGGAGUAGUGUGCUCUGGGAAUGAAAGGGAGGAGAGCAUCCAUUCUCGUUGUUCUUGCUGCCGGCGUAAACGCGUGCGUAAAGUUGCUGGUUUGGACACGCUCAGGUUUUGUUUUCUGGACAGGACCACUGGUUACCGUGUGUUUUGAGAGUGAGAUGGGAUGUGGUUUUGUCCACCGAACGUUGCGACAGCUCAGUGAAAGGUCUCACAAGUAUCUCGGUCUGUCAGACGAUCACCACGCGUCCGAGCGAGGUGGAGAAAAAAAGAAGGUGGGGGGGAGAGAAACAGCAGAAGCAGACAAUGCGGUUUUGCGAUGCGUUCGUUCCUCUGUACAAAUUUCACCCACAUCCACGAAAAGAUGAUGUGAAGAUGUGGGAGAAGAAUUCAUCGUGAUUUGGCUUUAUUUUUAUUUAUUUAUUUAUUUUUUACAUUCGCACUGAACACAUUUCCUUGCGUUUUGAUUAAGAACAAAAACAGAGAUGAAAUUUCCAAUAGAAAACCCGAGAAAACAAGUUAACUGGGACCCCGAGCAAGUGGCGGUCCAGACCAACUUGGUCCCUCCCAAAAAGGUCCAGCCUGGCAUGGUGAAGUCGACUCUAGUCCAGGCUAGCGUUGCCACCAUGCAGAACCCAAUGGGCUGUGACCCAAAGGCCAACGGUCACUGUCCGCUGCCACGCCUGUCCAUCUCCUCCCGCUCUGCCAGCGUGGUGGCCAGCAUGGAUGCCAGCUGUGACGGCGCGGCUGCAGCCCUCCACUCGGUGAUGAAGUGGAAGACAGUGCUGGCAGUGUUCAUCGUGGUUGUUCUCUACCUGAUUUGUGGAGGUCUAGCAUUCAGGGCGCUGGAGAUGCCAUUCGAGAGCAACCAGAAGACCAGCAUCACCCUAGAGAAGGCCUCGUUCCUGGAGAGACACCCCUGCAUUACUCCUGACGAGCUGGAGGAGCUCAUCAAGCAUGCCAUAGAUGCUGUGUGUGCAGGGGUGAGGCCUAUUGGAGACAUGACCUACAAUUCCAGUAACUGGGACCUGGGCAGUGCCUUCUUCUUCGCUGGAACUGUCAUCACAACCAUAGGUUAUGGAAACAUAGCUCCAAGCACGGAAGGCGGGAAAAUCUUUUGCAUUCUUUAUGCCAUAUUUGGCAUUCCUCUCUUUGGCUUCUUGUUGGCGGGGAUUGGAGACCAGCUGGGGACCAUCUUUGUGAAAAGCAUCUUGAGAGUCGAGAAGAUAUUCAGGCAAAAACACAAGCAGAUCAGUCAGACUAAGAUCAGAGUGACGUCCACCAUCCUGUUCAUCCUGGCCGGCUGCAUUGUCUUCGUCACCAUCCCAGCUGUCAUCUUCAAACACAUCGAGGGUUGGACCACACUGGAGGCCAUCUACUUUGUAGUGAUCACUCUUACCACAGUGGGAAUAGGAGACUAUGUGGCAGGUGGAAACCGUAGGAUCAACUACAUGCAGUGGUACAAGCCGCUGGUGUGGUUCUGGAUCUUGGUGGGUUUGGCGUACUUUGCGGCCGUCCUCAGCAUGAUUUCAGACUGGCUUCGAGUGCUGUCUAAAAAGACCAAAGAGGAGGUCGGGGAGUUUAAAGCUCAUGCAGCUGAAUGGAAGGCAAACGUACGAGCAGAGUUCCGUGAAACGCGACGGCGCCUGAGUGUUGAGAUCCAUGACAAGCUCCAGCGGGCCGCCACCAUCCGCAGCAUGGAGCGCCGCCAGCUCGGCCUGGAGCAGAGAGCUCACUCCCUCGACAUGCUGUCUCCAGAGAAGCGGGCCAUGUUCGCCAGCCUGGAUGCUGGCCGUUUCAAGACUUCAUCCCAGGAGAGCAUCGACACCAAGCUGAACAACCUGAGGCUGAGGGGGGCCUGCGAGCCGUACGACCAUCAGGGCAGUGAGCAGACGCCGCAGACAGCAUCGUCCUCAGAGGAGAAUCUCUUCAACUUACGCUUCGGAUCCCUCACCAAACUGGGCAGACGUAACAAGAACCGAGAGCUUCGGAGGAACAUUCCCGAAGAUGUUCGAAGGGUGAGUGUAGGCAUGAACAGUGGUGGUGCCAUGCUGGGGGAGGAGAGGACAGAGGAGGAAGAAGAAGAAGAAGAUGGGGAGCCGCAUGAGGAAAACGGAGAGAAGAAAGAGGGAAACAUCAGUCUGACAAACCUGUCGCAGUACGUGAUGGAGCGCACCAAGUUGAAUGGGUUCAUACCAGCACAGGCCAAAGACACAGAAAAUGAUUAGGUCUUGAAUGGAAGAGCACUUCAGCCAUAGACAAGGAGUGCAGAGACAGAGAGAGAGAGCGAGAGAGAGAGAAACUCAGACAGAAUCAGAGUGAGAGUGCACGGUCCUUUGAGAUGUCAAGAAAUGUGCCUUUUGGUUUCCUAUGCUUAGACUGGAGCUGCUCCCAGGAAAUUCAGUCAUCGUGCCAUAGCCGUGGGAAGAAAAUGUGUUGCCAAAAAUGAAUAAAACUGAAGAGACAGAAGAGGCUGUAGUUAAAAUACCUCAUUACGGAUGUUACUGUACAAUGGGCUACUUAAGAACUUUCAUUUGUACAGGGGCUGUCUUUCCAGCUCUGUUGUCUUUCAGUCCUCACGGCUCUUAUGAGACACCUGGGGGCAACGACUCGUAUGUUGACGUUGAAUCUUAUUUUUUAACAGUGUGGGCAGGACUCGCAGAGAGCUAGAUUCAUGUCAUCCAUCCUCAGGAACAUUAUCGAUCUCCGCUUUGUCAUCUCAUACUGUGGGGAGCUAUUUUUAGCUCGGCAGCAUGCUACAAAAGGACUUGAACGUUUAACGAAAGGAGAGUGGGAGGUUGUUUUUUCUGCUGGAUCAAUAGACUGUAUGAGCAUUUACCUAGCUGACAUGUACAAUUAUUCCUCCAUGGUAUGUGAUUUUGAAGAUGUAGCCUUAGGGUAGAAACUAUUACAUACUGAGAGCUCAUAAAAAAAAUAAAAAAACACUAUUCAUCUUGAUUGUGCAUGGUUCUUAAAACACAACCAUAGCAGUUAAUUGACGUAAACUAACUUGAAAGCUUGGAGUUACACCUGUGAUAAUGUUUCUUUUUGUUUGAAGAAAAUAAAAUGUAUUGCUUUCAGCCACCAUUUCCCUACAAGUGAAUCAACACAGUGCUGGAAUCCACCCCAUAAAGACCCUAUUAAUCACCUUUGGCCAUGAGAUUGUCAGCUGUGUUCAGUUCUGAACUUCUUUGUUUUGUAUAUGAUAUUCACAUGAUCACAGAAUAUCUUGAGAUUGCUUGAAUGACUUUUCAAAUUCAUGAAUGUGACCGCUGUUGGUUUUGAACUCACCGAGCAUGUUUGCAUCUGUGAUUAUUCCCUUUUAUAUCAGCCGAGCACUUGAGUUGUAUUUUCCAUUGACCUGUAAAAUAUGAACAAAAUAUAUCAUGUUUCUUUCUUUUUGUAUUUCUUUGCUGAAACACUUCCUGUAGUUAAUAGAGGCUCACUCACUGAAAUGUUUGACACAUGAUCAUCUAAACCUUUUCUUUUUUGCAUUUUACAAACAGGUACUCGCACACACACACACACACACACACACACACACACACACACACACACACACACACACACACACACACACACACACACACACACACACACACACACAGACACACACACACACACAAACACACACACACUCACUGGUUGUACUUGUAACCUGUUCAUCUGAUAUGAAUAGCAUUAACCUUUCCAUGACCAUGACCUGUGACAAGCUUAGCAACUAUUCGUUGUGUAUAGUUUAUUUUGUGAACGAUCACAUUAAAUGUAGUGAGUGCCUUUUUCCAGAUAAUAAACAUCAAUCAAUCAAUCAGA